AUGGACAACGCCAUGCAGUCUCCAAUCACGGUCAUCGUCAACAGUAUCAAAGGGCAGGACAUCGCCUUCCCCGCAGAAAAAGAUGCGCCUCUCACCUCCAUCUACGACACACUCUAUGAACGCGCGCCCUGGAUACAAAACUCAACCUACAUCCUCACCACAAAUUCGCGCCGGACAGUUCGCCACGAUGCUGCGCCCGUAUCAUCACUCCUCUCCUCGCCGUCAGACACAUUCCUCUCCCUCCGCCUGACUGUCCCUCUCUGCGGUGGCAAAGGUGGUUUCGGAUCUAUCCUGCGUGCACAAGGUGGCCGCAUGUCAUCGCGCAAGAAGAAGCAGGGGGACGCCAACGGAUCAUCUCGUAAUCUCGAUGGAAGGCGACUGCGCACGGUCGCAGAGGCCAAAACGCUCGCCGAGUACCUAGCUAUCAAGCCGGAGAUGGAGCAACGCGAAAAGGAAGAGCGGAGAAAGAAAUGGGAGGACAUUGUAGAGAGCACCGAGCGCAAGCAAGAGGAGCUGCUACAUGCUGGUGGCAAGGCGCGAUUAGACGGCAAGUGGCUUGAAGACAAGGAGGAAGCGGAGAACAAGACCAAGGAGGCGAUUGAGAAGAUGCUGCUUGCGCAAAUGGUGAGCUCCGAAGACGAUGACGAGGCCGACUCGAAACCUGCAGCUUCUGCGUCGAAACCCGCUCAGCAACGUCAAAUGUUUGGAUGGGACGACGAGGACGAUGAGUUUAUGAGCGAUAGCGAGGAUGAGGAUGAAGUUUCGGAGGAGGAUGUGAAGCCGGUGUUUGAAGGCAAGGGCAAAGCUAAAGCUACUUGA